GUCCACCUGAUGGCCCCUGCUGACCUCAAAGCAAGUUUCUUGGACUUGUAAGGAAUUCUCAGGAGGCUCUGGGUGUGGUACAGAUAUUGGAAGUGAUACUGAACGGAAUGGUUCUCAUAUGUAUCGUGGCCUCCUACUUCGUCCUUGCUGGUUUCAGUGCCAGCAUUACCAGUGGUGGCGGCCUUGGGAACUACCACUCACCAUUUGAGGGCACUGAGCUGGAGCAGGUUCGGCAGCUGGAUCAGAAGUACACGGUCCUGAGGGCACCCCUGAUAUAUGGUGGUGUGGCAGUUUCUCUGGGGCUGGGCGUCCUCACCAUGGGUGUUUUACUCCAAGGAGCCAAGAGCCUAACAAAACUGCCGGGAAAGUGGCUCCUUGUGGAGGCUGCCUUCAGCUUCCUAGCAGCGGUGGGCUACUGCACAGGCAUUGGCAUUUACCUCCAUGUGGCUCUGCGGAUCAACUCCACGGAUACCUGCAAAAUGAGAGAGCGGCUCUAUGCCCGUAGGGGUCUUACCUGGAUGAACUGCGAGCUGGCAGGCACUGACGGAGCGGCAGCCACCUUUGCUGGUCUUCUUGUGGUUUUGUACACUGCCAGCGUGGUACUAGCCCUACGGAACUACCGAGAACUGAAGCACUACAAAGAGAGCCAAGAGCUGCAGAGGAACAACAGUGAUCCCCCAGAAUACCUGUGGUCCGGAAUACUCUGAGGAUAUCUUUUAAAACCUACAUGUCAGUGGCUCAUUCUGUCUCUCAAAAAACCUGGCCCUAUAAAAUUGUCCAUUGACAGUUUAAAAUUUUUCUUUUGCUUUCUUAAUUCCAUACAUGUUUUUUUGGGGGGAUCAGUGCAAAGUUAAAUGAUUGAUCAUUUUUAUUCUAUAAAGGAAAUUAAUAAAUCCUUGUUGGCUAACUGAUGAGAGCUUUCCAACAGAGCCAUUAUCAGAAGUUUGAUAUACCCCUGUGGUAUAGCUCUCUCCCCACAUGGUAAUGUUGCAAUGCUAAUAGCUGACCAGCCAGCGAAAUUCGAAAAGAUGAUUACGCGUCACAGGGCAGCAGGUUCAGUGCUACAAUAGAAGCAUCUUAACCAUCACAGCUCCUUUAAAGUCAUCAGAAUUGUACCAUACGUACCCCACCCCUGGCCCCCAUGGAACAGUUGUGUGGUGUGAGUUCUGACUGCUUACAUUCUGUAUCACCAAGAGGGGAACUUAUUCUACCCAUACAGCAGAGACUGGGACUUCCUUCUGUUCGAGAUGGCAGGUCGGACUCCUGAUUCAUUGAGAUGCUUUUUAAAAAAAAUAUAUUUUAUUAGG